UUCUCUAGCAGUCAUGGACAAGCCACGCCCUGAAUUCGCAUUUUUACGCUCCGACGACUUUCUCCGACCGAAUUCCAGCGUCCACGAAACUGUCUCGACGGAUCAGAAACAGCCCAUCAAGGAGAUGGACUUCUUCUCCAGGAAUAAUCAACAUAAUCAGCCAAAUGAGCAGGAGAGCAACCGCGGAUCGUCCACUCGGACUGAGGCUGCAGCAGGCGUAAACACCGGAUUGGAUCUGCUGAGUUUGAAUACUGGAAUUCAAAGAUCGGGAAAUGAUAAUCUCAAUAUUCGACCAAAAACUGAGUUCGACACACUCCAAGUAGAAUUGGAGAGAGUGAGAGAUGAGAAUCGGAAGCUGAGAAGCAUGUUGGAACAGAUUACCAAAAGUUACGGUGAUCUCCAAGGCCAACUGCUUAUGGCCAUGGGAGAAGCAGCCAGACUGAAGAAGGAUGAUACAACUUGCAAGCCAGGGACCAGACAGUUGAUGGACCCACGGCCAUCCGGUGGAUUAGAUAUUAAUGAAGCUUCCGUAUCGGAUGAGAAGAACCAAGAAGGGUCAGUUUCUCCAGCUAAUACUACGGAGGUGAUGUCAAAUGAAAGUGAACAUCACAAGAUUCCAAGUGCCGGGAAGAAAACUUGUUUUGGAGAUGGUCCUGAUCAAGGGUCGACCCACAGAUGGGGUUCCCCUAAAAGCCCAACGCUACUAGAUCCAUCAAAGAGUGAAGAACAAGCUUCGGAGGUCCCUUUCAGGAAGGCAAGAGUGUCCGUACGAGCAAGAUCCGAAGCUCCUUUGAUAAGCGAUGGAUGUCAAUGGAGGAAAUAUGGACAAAAGAUGGCCAAGGGUAACCCUUGCCCUCGUGCCUACUAUCGAUGCACCAUGGCCGCUGGAUGCCCGGUUCGUAAGCAGGUUCAAAGAUGUGCUGAGGACAAGACCAUUCUCAUAACAACUUAUGAGGGAAAUCAUAAUCACCCUCUCCCACCAGCAGCUACAGCCAUGGCAAAUUCAACAUCAGCAGCAGCAGCCAUGCUACUAUCAGGUUCAAAUACUAGCAAGGAAGCGCUAGUAAAUUCUGCAGGCUUCUUCCAUCCUAUGCCCUACUUAUCAACCAUGGCCAGCCUAUCCGCCUCUGCACCAUUUCCUACCAUCACCCUCGACUUGACGCAAGGCACCAAUCCCAUGCACUUCCAUCGAGGCCCCCCUUCUUCCACCACGUUUCCUUCUCCUUUGCAUGCUUGCCCACAACUCAUAGGGCAACCCUUGUACGCCCCUCCCAAGAUUCCCGUCCUGCCAUCAGCUCAAAUGGGGCAUCGACAUCCUAGCAUGGUCGAGACGGUUACUGCAGCCAUCACAUCUGACCCUAACUUCACCGCAGCCCUAGCUGCAGCCAUCUCCACAAUUAUCGGAGCACCAAGGAGCAGUUAUGGCAACACCCCGAACAGCCAUGGUGAGAACAGCAAACCCUUUUCCGGGAUGCCUGCAUUGCCAGGGUCCCCCCAGCUCCCUCAAUCCUGUACCACCUUCUCCACCAAUUAGAGUGGAAUUGCUUUUGCUGCAAACCUUCACAGUAAACAUUUUCCUAGGAAAGUUUGAUUUUGAGAGAAGGACAACAUGCUUGAAGAUGAUGAGCUGAUGGGCAGGAACCCAUCCUCAGAGCCGACAUGCAUGUGUUUUCAGGCUAUAUAACCAAACUAUCUGGGGUUAUAACAAAAUAUUUUCAUGCUUAAGCCAGAAGUAAGAACAGAAGAGAAGGUUUGCUCACAAGCAUUCGAUCCAUAUACAUCAUGUUAUAUAUCUAUAUAGUGUUUUUGUUGUUGAUAUUUAUCUAUAUAUAAUAUUGUCGAUGUAAAUAGAUUCAUAUUGAUAUAAGCUUUUUAAAUGCUUAAGAGUGGGGUGUAAGAAAGAACAGGCCCAGCUGCUGUACCAUAUGAGCUUGUCACUUGUUGGAGAGUAAUCUAUCAUGUACGUACAGAGAUGGAUGAAAUAUAAUAAAGAGUAAUAAAAAUUAAAAAGA